UUAAAGCGUACGUUCAACAUUGAUUUACAACGGACAAUUAUUUCAUAUCCGUCGACUCAAAAAAGCCGCUUUAAUUGUAGACGAUUGCUGAGAAGUACACUGCAUAAUAUGGCUUCAAAAUUAUCGUGUGUCAAAUACGUGGUGGUUAUAUUUAACUUCCUGUUUCUGCUUUGCGGUAUUGCGGUGGCUGCAAUGGGUGCCUACACGAUCUUCAACAGUGAAGAUUUGUCGGCCCUUAUAGGAGACAGUAUGUUGAAGAAAGGGGCCUACCUACUACUGGCAGCAGGGGGCGCUGUUAUCCUGAUCUCUACGGUCGGCUGCUUUGGCGCCCUCACCGAGAAUAAAUGUCUUCUGGUGCUGUAUUUUGUUGUGCUCCUGAUGACGUUUUUAGUGCAAGCUGUAGCCGGUAUCAUGGGAUUUGUCUUCUACGGACAACUGGAGACUUAUUUAAAGAGCCAUGUUGAGGAGACGAUGAACACUAAGUAUGGGAGGAAGGGGUUCAACCUGAUUACCCUGGCGGUCGAUAAAAUGCAGAUGGAGUUUGAGUGUUGUGGUUUCAAUUCGCCUGAAGACUGGAAAAACGCUACAUACUUCAACUCCAGCUCCGCCGUGCCGAUCUCUUGUUGUGUGGACAUGACGGUGAACGAUUGUAACAAGGUCAUCAAUAACAGCACCAUGUAUACACAGGGGUGCUUUCCAAAACUCCUGUCGUGGGUCCAAGGUAAUAUCGACAUAGUGGGAGGUCUCGGUAUCGGAGUAGCCCUAUUUCAGGAGGAAGCUAUUUUAGCCGAUGCCAAAAUAAAGUAUGGAGACGUCGCCCUGGAAUUCGUCAUUAUCUACAAAACUAAGCCCACUCUUGGAGUAGCGAUAGAAGGGGGUAUCAACACACGGCAGCCGGAACCCACAGUCAUCAGCAUACAGCGGGGAGGGUCGGCAUUCGAGUCGGGUCGUUUGAAAUGUGGCCACACGAUCCUGGAGGUCAAUGGUCAGAGUUUACGGGGCAUGGAGCACCGUGAUGCGGUCAAGACCAUUGCUGAAGCCUUCCGCGACCCAUCCACAAACCGACUGUAUCUGCUAGUCACCGUGAAUCAACAGGAAUAUCCAUAAUUGUGACGUCAUCUAUUGCAGCCAGCGACCUUCCUGGGCCCCCAAACGGACUAUAUGUGUUAGAUACACAGAAAGUAUAGACCUUUACAAUACUCAGCAGAAUAAACAACGAUACCCAAGCAUUAGAAUCCUAUAAAUAAAUUAAUCAAAUAUAAUAUCCCACUGUUGUGUUUAAUUCUGCCCUGGUAUCAGCUCGAGAUGUUGGUUUUUGUCCAAGACAGACUUUGUACUCCAAAGUUCAGUACAAAAACUGUCCAUAAUAAUGAAAUUUGCUGGACAAACAAAACUCGCCAGAAAAAAAGGGAUUAAAAAUUAAAAACAUUACAAAAUGAUACCUACAUGUAUUACAUGUACUUUCCCAAAA